AUGCCUCGAAGCGACAAGGCGAAAGUCACAAGUGGCAUUGUGAGACUUGACACCAACGCAAACACUUCGGCGGACAAUGGUGACGACACGUGGUGCACUUGGUGCACGUGUCAUGAUCAAAUCGAUACCUGCAAAUUGGAUCGUCUAGAGCGUUUGCCCACCGGCCCGCACGAAGAGUCGUGGGAUAGUCUUGAGGCUGAGUUGAAUGACCUCACGAAGCACGAGGAGCAGAACGACGCUCUACUGGGCGCCCUGUCGACUACUGCCGAUAACGAUAGCUACAGCCUGGUUGCCGACGGACUUCUGCAUAAGAACAAGACGCGCCAGGAGAUAUUCAAUCUGCUCAUUGCCAAGAGGAAGGCCAGUGCAUCCCAUCCCGAGGCAGAUAGUGGGCUGGCCUGCUCUGUAUCCAAGGGCACGUCAGGUACUGAAAACAAUAUUGGGCGUUCGCCUGGCGUGUGCGGGCACUGCAAUCAGCAAGUUUGCGUCAUUCGAACCGCAAAUUUGACGAAGGACGUGACGGAGAUUGAGGGCAGCGAGCGCGGACAGCAGCUACAACGCAGAAUAUAUGACAAGCUUAGCUAG